AUGGCCUCCACACACCAAGCCAAACUGGGUUCAAGUUACAAAGAGCUGGCAUCCAUCUUCCGAUCAACCGACUUGCAUUGCUGCCAGCGCGGGAGACGUACUGGUGCUCAAGGAACGCCAGACGCAAGGUGCAGGCUCAUCAACGCCUUCCCACGCUUCGCCAUCCUUCAACGCCAAGCUGCUCUCUCUUCGACCUCUCCUAGGCUCACUUGUUCCUGCGCCUGGUCCGAUCUGGCUCUGUCUCACCCAACUGUAGAUUGGUACAUGGUCAAGCACAUCAACACGGGUGCAGAGGGCUACUUCCCCUCCAAGUUCCUCACUGCAUAUGUCUCCCCAGAGUCCAAGCUGCCCUUGUAUCGUGCCAUGUACGAUUUCCGACCAGAUCGACGGGAUGCCCAACAGAUUGAAUUGGUGGCCGGGAUGACCUAUAAGGUCCUGAAUCAGUCUGAUGCCUCCUGGUGGCAAGUCCAGCUUCAGGAAACCAUGGCCACGAAUGGCGUCAAAGGUGCAUAUGUGGUGGGCGAAGACAUCAAGGGCAAUUUACAUCUCUACAUGUUAUCCAAGGCCAAGAAAAUGGAGACGAUGCCCAUCCUUCAAUCGGGCCAGAUUUACCAUCUACGUGGUGAUUCAGUACAACGCGACAACGUGGAAGACCUCCUCAGCCAUUAUUACGGCUUUGAGGUGGCUGGUUCCUUUGGCAAGCUCAAGCAACCACUCUUUUAUGAGAUGCCCACCACGCGCAAGCUCAACGAGGAAAAUCUUGAGAAGAUUCAUCGCAUCGAAUGGUGCAUGCAGACUGUUCUAGACACUGCCAAAAAUGGCCUUUUGCUCAAUUCUGAGCGUUUGCACAUGGCCAAACUCGCGCUGGCGCGUUCAGAGCUCCGCAACGGCAAUGACAUCUCUGGUGAGCUGGAUCAUUUCGUGCGCUACUAUGACCCUGUCAAGCGGGCUCUUACCGAGCCAAUGCCCAUGGAUCUGAUGACGCCCAAGCCGUCGGCAACUGAUGCUAUUCGAAGCACCGACGCUGUAAUUCUACAAAGUCACUCGAUAUCGCACGCUGGCGCUAGAACGGCAUCUCGGCAGGCCCCUGCACCACCCUCUCGCCGUUCGACGCUCAGCACCAACGCAUUGGCCCGAGCGCCAUCCAUCGUGCCCCAGCGCCAAGCCCCAUCAUCGCCAGCCACAACCACGAGCGUACCUCAGGCGAGCAGGGACAGCAUGGAUGUCAAGAGCGAGGUGGCUGUAGCGCAGGCCCACCAUAGUUCCGGCCCCGAGUCACACCACGAUGUGUCCUCCCGCGUUGGUGUUGUUCACCACCCUUCAAUUGCGCGCCAUCACACGGCACGACCACCCGAGCCUCCCAGCUCCGCAACUGCUGCCAAGGCUGACAUCAACAGUAGCUCCGCUCCAGGUGAUGCAUCACCAGAUCACCCUAUGGGUGAUAUUGCGACACCCUCGAGAGGUGCCCCGUCAACCGCGGCUGCCACUCAACGUCCACACCGCGCCCCCGUUCCUUUUGACCAGCUUUUGGAUCGGGAACAACGCACUGAACUUCAACUCUACCUUGUCCGCAUCCUGGGCGGGGUGGCGCGUAUUGAUGAUGGCAUCAUCGAGGCCUUGAAGGAAACCCAACUUGAGCUGCUCGAGUUGUUGGGUUGUGUCAUUGGCAACAGCAAGUAUGCCCGCGGUGACACGCUGGACGAUUACGUGCGCGAUGUGCUGGUGCAUCUGCGAGACGGUGAUGUUGAAUCUGAGACUGGCUACGUUCCUCAAAUUCGCACCGUCAGUGACCAGCUGCUGGGUGCCUUCUUCUGA